CACCCAGGUGCCCUGAGACUGACAUUUUUAGAUUCUGCAUAUAACCGAGAACAUACAGUAUUUGUCGAGGAAUUCAUAUUUUUCAAAGGUGGCAUGCCUGCCUGUCCAGAAAGAGCUGUCUGAAGACACAUGCCUACAAGGGUGUCCAAGAUAAUAACAGGUUCCAGAGAGGUGGGUAGAUGGUGCUUGGAGAAGUCAGAGGCAGGAGGGAAUUGACAGAAGUCAGGGAAAACUUCAGAGAAGUGACGUCAACGUUGGAUCUUGGAGACAGAAAGGGAAUCCUGGGCAGAGAAACAGCUGGAGUGAAUGCUGUAAGGUCUGAGGCCCAUGGCUUUCAGGGAGCAGGAGUGGUGGCCACGCUGGGUGUGCAGUGGACGUGGCAGAAGGUGAGCAGAACCCCCUGGGAGGGCCUCCCAGCCAGGCUGGGUAUUUAGCCUCUGUCCCAAAGGUGAUGGGUGUCACUGAAGGGCUCUGAGCAGCAGUCGCUCGAGUUUUUAGAUGUCUCUGGCAAGGGGGAAGGGUAAGACUUGGGGGUACAUGAGAAGGAGGAACAGGUUCUGGGGUCUUUUCUGUAGCAGAAGCAGCUGGACUUGGUGACGGAGGGAUGUGGAGAGGGAGGUGCCCAGGAUGACUCCAGCUGAGGUGAUGCUGUGCGGGGCGGUUCCAUCAUCAGAAGGGGGGCACCAACAGGGAAGCAGGGCUGGGGGGCAGUAGUGGGUGGGGAAGGCCAGUCUGGCCUGGCUGCCCCCCAGCGUGGCCUCUUCAGGCCCUGCUUCUGGACGGCAGUCCCUGGGGUACAAGCCUCCCUCUCUCCCUUCCUGCCCACCAUGCCCCCCUGGAGAGAGCAGGUGGCCUGCGAGGAGAAAAGGGUAUAGCACCAGCUGUGACCAGAGACAGACUGUCCAAGGGGAUGGGGACCUCUUCGCUAGGCUUCCCUCUUCCCACAGUCCUUGUCCCCGGAGUUCUGGGUAGGUUUGUGGAGACCCAAGGAGACAUGAUGCCUGUUCCUCUUCUCUAGAUUAUAAAAUGGGAAGUGAGUCACUGUCCCUCCAGUCAUCUGUCUGUGCUGGCCCGUGCCAGGAUUCUGCAUGGAGGGGUGCUCAGCGCCUGCCCUCGGGUACACACAGUCCAGAGGGGGAGGCAGCCAUGGGGGCAGACCUUUCUAACUGCCCUGCUGAGGGAGGGAACAGCAUGGGGGCCCCAGGUACAAACCUGUUCUCCAUUGGCCUCAUUAUUUCUGAGCCUACUCCUGGCCACCCCACCACUCCCAUGGAUCUGUCUGAGAGCUGGGGGUGGGAGAGGCAGCCCCAGCAAGAGGAUGCUAGCAACUGCCCCAGGGUAAGGACGGGGGUGAGGGGCCCUCAGCCAUGCCGAAGGCCUCUCCCUGCCUUGGUGGGGACUGGGCCAGAGCAGAGAGCCCUUAGGGUGCGGCUGACUGGGGGCAGCCUUGGCCUCUGAACGAAAGAGUCCCAUGUAAUCCUUCAAGAGGCUUGAGGCAAAGUACAGGGAGGCUUUAACACAAGCCUGUGUUGCUGGACACGGGAGGUGCCAGGCCUGUGGAGGACCGCUCCUUUGCUGGGAGGGUGCUGAAGGUGUGGGGGUGGGACGGCUGCUCCGGGAGGCCUCCUGGAGCUGUCACUUUGAUUAGGGGUCUGUGGGGCUGGCGGCUUGCACGGUGACAGGCCGUCACAGGCAGUGAGGCGGGAACCCUCUCCUGCUCCUGUCCCUGAGGCCGUUGGUGGGAGGGGGAGGCGGGGACUCUUCCCUCUCUGAGCCUCCUCGCCAACUCCUUACUCAGCCACACCUAAGUGAGCCUGGAACACUUGGGAGGGGCCACAGGACUGGGAAAUGGCAGGUACCCCAGACUUCCCUAAUUCCCUCCCAGCAGAUACUUCCACAGUUUCCCCUGCCCACCGUCCGUCCGCCCUAUCAGUCUCCUACACAGCAGGCCCUUUCAUUCUGUAGGAAUGUGUCUUGAGCCGUGUUCCCUGCCCCCCUUGCCCUUCCUCCCACAAGGUGGGGUGUGUGGGCACCUCUGCCCCAGUAAGGCUGGACUCAGUGACCCCGUCGACCACACACACACACAGACGCACACCCGAAUUUUAGGUAGUUCUUGAACACCUACAGAAAGGUUUGCCGGCUCAACCCUCUGAGCCCCGGCCCCCACUGCACGUGCUGGGCCAGCACAGGGCGCGGGGAACAUGGAAGCAUCUACUCGGGACCUGAACUGUAGCUCUCAUAGCAGGGCAUUCCCCCCUCACCCAGCCACACGCAGCACUCAGUUCUCCCUUUGCAUUGGGCUGUUGCAGCUCAGAGAGUUUAAGCAACAGCCCCAAAGUCACAAAGCUGGAUUCAGAUGCCAGCGUGUCUGACUCGCCCGCCUUAGCCCCGUUGCUGCUGAGGAGAGCAGCCCCUAUGAAGAGAGAGUGGACCUGGAUAUUUCAGGAAUGGGGAGGAGGGAUGGCCAGAGAAGGCAGCCCGGCUCGCAGAUGAUUUCACAGUGCUCAGAACCCACGGCCUCUCCUCUGCCUUGUACCUUGGUAUCCUCCACUGAAAAAUGGGGAGAUGCCAGCCGUCUCCCACUUGGCCUCACCUGGCUGGGGAGGGGAGGGGAGCCUCCCAAAGCCAAUCCCUCCCUUCUCCCUUCUCUUGGCAGGACUGACCCACCCAUACAGUUCAUCCCCCAACCCCAUCCACCAUCAGCAAUGCAACAUGACACCAGAGCAGAGAGAAGGGGAUUUUGGAAAUGACUUAAGUUCUGAACGGGCCAGGGGGGCCUUGGGUGGGGAGUGCAGAGUAGACACUAAGGGGGACAGGAAAACAGAGAUGAACUCAGAUGAUAAUGGAUUUCAGGGCAAAGAUGCUGUAUCUUUAGGGGCGGCCGGGGACCAGAGUGGUGGGUGGAGGCUGUCGCCAGUCCUGCACCCUCAGACCUCCCCUAGCUCCUGUUCUAAUCAGACCCUCCAUCUCCUCUCUGAGUCUUUGACUGCACAAGCCUCUUGCUGCAUUCUGAGCCCCAGAGAUCAAAGACCUUGAGCUCAGGUCACGCCUGAGUCACCGGUUUGAAGAGAUCCUCACCCCCCACUCCCCGCAGAUGGAUUAAUUUCAGUCCCAUCAGGAAGCCCUGGAAACCCUCCAGCCCGUCCCCCCAUCGCUUCCAUAUCUCCCUGGGCUGCUGAUUCUUCCUCAGUGCCCCCCAAUCCGUCCCGAGGCCUUUGGGUGCAUGUUUUGGAGAUACUGGGCUCCCUCAAGGCCACUGAUAAGUUCUUCUGGCAGUCUAACCAGCGCCUCCUGCUGCUGUUCUCCUUCAGUAGCAGGUGCCCCUCCCUCUCCCUGGACAGCCAUCACCUCCCCCUCCCCCAGGUGUGAACCUGACCAUCAGACACUCCCCCCUACCAGGGACCACCAGGAAAUGCAAGGUUGUCUGGGUGGAGAAUUAGGGGGCUUAGCUCAGAUCCCUGCCCUCAAGAAGACAAAGAUUCCGUCUCUGUCUGCGUUGGUUAAUUAGCCCUGGGCUUGAGUUUCCUUCCUCUCCCCAAACGAGCAACUCCUUCCCCCUAGAGCCUCUUCCUAACAAACCUGUUUUCAGGAGCUGCUGCUGCCAAGCCCUCCCCAGACCCUUUGCAGGCUGUGCUGGCUGCUCCAGAGAUUACAGGUUAUUGUCUGGUGGAGACAGGAUGCUGAGGGGGUGGGGGGCUAGCGCUGGGCCUGGGCUUGGAAUGCCAGACUGGAUCAAGCUGUGGGUUGGCUGCCUCCUCUCCCCCAUUCCACCCCCUCCCAGCCACCAGGUGCUCAGGUGAGUUGAGAGCUGGCCCGUAGUCAGGAAGAGGAGGGGGAGGAAGGAGCAAAUGGAGGAGAGCUGGGCCUGGGGGGUAGGGAAGGGUCUGGAAUAGGGGAGCAGUGUCAGAAGUUCUAGCUGAACAGAUGACCACCCCCCACCCCACCUGGCAUUGCCCAGAUAGUAGGUCCAAUGGGCCAGGUACUGGACUAAGAGGGGCAAGCUGCCUGGGGCUGCCUUCCCCCACCACCAUGGCCAGUGCUCUGGGACGAACUGGUCAUACCUCUCUGGGCCUCAGUUUCCCCCUCAGCAAAGGGAGGUAAAUGUAAGGGGAUGGUGGGCCAGAGGGUGAGGAAGGCUGGACAGGAGAAUGGGGGCUCCUACAGCAGCAAACCCUGAGGCAGGGCUUCCAAGUUCAGCAAGAACUUUCUGGCAGGCUGAGAAGGGGCUGGCAGCACCUCCUUUCUAGAGGUCUCUAUAGGCAAGGUCAGCUCUACCCUUAAGUACAAGAGGCACUGGACAGGGACUUUCGGGAGGGGGGGACGGAGGCAGCCCCUUGUCCCUAGUCCCCACAGUUGCCCCAUCCUCCACCCUUGGGGCAGGAAGUGCUCUGUGCUUUCCACCCUGGUUGGGAUGGGAGAAACUAGGGAACAGGCAGCUACUUCCAGGCAAGGGGAGAAAGGGCCCUGCAACCGCUGCUUUCCAGCAGGAGCAGGAGUCCCUCCCUCCACCCUCCCCUCCUGUCCCUCACAUCCCCACCCCUUCCCUCUGUCACUCUCUGGCUGGUUUCAUUUGCUCCUCAGACAGCGCUCAGCGGUGCCUCCAAAGGCAGAGAAUGCUCUUGGGUGAGUGAGGGGGCGCCAGAGCGUGGGGAGGGGGGCUCAGACCAGGGUGGGUGGCUCCUCUCCCCACCCUAUCCUUUUCCUGCUAUUUUUGGCCCCCAAAAGUUGUCUGUGGAGGGAUUCUGGUAGCCAUUUGACUCUUGGUGCCUUUUCCCAGGUCCAGGGCUGGGCAGGGGAGCCCCCACAGUGGCUGGGAACAAAGGUAGGGGUGGGGUUGGUGAGGAGGACUGGUCAGGAAACUGGAGGUGCGCCCUGCAGGAGGGAGGUGGGUUACAAGGGGGGCCGAUGCACGUUUGAAGAGCCUGUGCCAGAGGUUCCUUGUAUCAAAUCAUACCUUCAACUGCGUCUAAGGGGCUGCCAGGAGCCUCCAAGGAGGGUUGUGGGGGGGUGGGCAGGGGGACUGUUGAAGGGGGAGUCAUUACUUCAGCAGAGAGGGAGAGAGAGAGAAGUGGACAGAGGGAGACAGGCAGAAAUCUGGGUGGCUCCUCUCUGAGGCCCAGCCACUGCACUGGGGUCCACCCCAAUGCCCCCCACCUUUAUCCAUGGUCUCCUGGCCCGCCUCUCCACCAAGGUUACCUGGCACUCUUUGAGGGAGACAGCCAUUACCUUUUAAGAGGUAUUUUUGGGAACCCCUUCCACAAGGGCAAGGGCUGGGGCAGAGUUCUUGUGACUGGUCUUGGGGGUCUUCCUGCAGCUUGGUGAGGGGGGCUCUGGAGAGUGUGGGGAGCACCCUCUAGCCAUGGUGGGAACCCUAAGCCGACCAGGAAGUGAGCAAGCAGGAGAUCUUGGAUCCACCCCCCAUUCCCUCCCUUUGGCUCUCUCUCCCUCCUAGACUCCUAUUUUCUUCAGAGUUUUGGUUUCCUCUGUGAUAGGAGAGCAGCUUUACUAUUUGCGAUGUGGGGUGUGUGCCUCGGGGGGACCCUCCCAUCUGCCCCUGUGACUUGUGGUGGGACAAGAGAGAGAGACUCUGGCUCUGGCUACAGGAGCUUGGUGUCUAUCUGUGCAUUUCAUUUUGUAAGGGAGGGUGUGUGCACGCACCUAUCUCUGGGCGACUGUCUGUGUACGGAUCUCGGCGUCUGUGUGUCUCUUUGUGACGGCGUGUGCCGCUGCCUAUCUGCAGUUUCCUAUUAUCUGUAUACGCCUUACUAGGGGUCUGGGAGUCCACGCAUGUCUGUCCCUCUGGGCGUAUACGAUCUGAGUGUGUCUUUGUUGAUCCUGCCUGUCUGUGUAUACGCACAUUGUGUACGUGCAUGCUUGUGCGUGGCCCCUGGGCCGGCCUUUGCUCCUCGCCGGCAUGGGCAUCUGUCCAUCUCUGCGGUGGGCACCACCUCUGUCUCUGCACACACCAGUGUGCCUAGAUGGGCUCAUCAAGGGGAGAUGUGUGUAAGUGUGUGCCUUGGCCUUUGCGCCUGCUGCUGUCUGUGGGCACCUAUGGCUCGAGGGUGUGUGUCCCUGUGCUCGUCCGUGUAUCUUUCCGAGUGACGGCAAAACAGCACGAUGUGGUUUGCCCAGAUCCUUUCCCUUGGGUGGCAGCCAGAGUGAUGUUAAUUCAUACACCUGCUCUGUGCCCCUGUCCCAGCUUCCACUGGACCCCGGACAGUGGCCUCUUUUCUGCCGCUCUGUCUAGCUUGUGUGUGACCAGAGCAACAACCCCCCUCUGGAGGCAGCCAUCCAAUGAGCCGUGGGUCCCGGCUGUGGACCCCUGGCCAGGGUUGAAAAGGGAGGGACUCAGCCAGGGUGUUCUGCAAAAUGCCAUCACAGAAGACCCCCCACACCCACAUACCUGACCCUUGCAUGGGUGCCGGGCUGUGGGGUACCCUCCUGGGGCAGGUUUUGGGUCUGCAGUGUGUCCCUUCAUUUGAGUGUACCCACAGCCAGGCGGUCACGUGUGUGUGCGUGUGCCAUGACUCAUACAUCAUCCCAGCAGCUGGGGGACCAGGGUUCACGGUGAAUGUCAGCAGCAGACGGUGGGUGGCACAGAGCAGUGCAGUGUGAAAGGUGCUGGGGGAGUUCCCAGAAGCCACUGGAGAGGUCCUGACCUCAAAUCAACAUGGGCCCUAGGCCUUGUGUGGGAGCAAAGUGUACCCAAUUGGGGAGGGGGGCUGGAAGGCACUUCUGGGUGACUAUGUUGACGGGAAGGGGAGACUACAUCACCAAGUGCCCCGGCACCCCCUCUUCAAAUGGACUCCACACCUAGCUCAUUUGUUCCUCAGACCCAUCCCUGCCCUGCCCCUUCCUCCUCACCCAGCUGUAAUUCCCACUUCACAGAUGGAGGAAACUGAGGCUCAUAGGUAAGUGUCUAGCCCAAGGCCUCAGAGUUCAGUGUCACUGGAGCUCUAUUGCAGGCCCCUGGACUCCAUCCCUCUGGGAGGGAUGGUCAGCUACAACUCCACACCCGUCCACCUUCUCCUCUGCUCCCCUGGGAACCCACACAGGGAACCCCUCUCCUGAGGUUCCUCACCAGGCCAGAAGGUCAAACUCCCCAGCACUCACUGCAGAGCUUUCCAGCAGCAGGCACCGCCCCCCACCCAUUCUGCCUUGACCUUCCUGAACCUGCAUUGCGCUUUCAAGCUCCCCGAAAGCUCCCCGUGGAUGCCAGCCCCACUGCCUGGGAUGCUCUUCCCUGGUAAAACCUCACUUAUCCCGCAGUGAAACCUGACAGACGCUCCCGCAGACCUUCGGCGUUCCCCCUGCUCCUCUGUGAUCCCGAAGCACGUGGCCGGCGCCUCGCUAGCGCUCUGCCUGUUUGGCUCUCACCUGGGAGCUCUCACCUGGGAGCUCUUCUAGGAACUGGCGGGUGCCCGCGAUGCCUGAACGACCCUAUCCCUCCCGCUGGCGGGCCACCGCUCCAUCGGUCUCAGCUCCGUCGCCCCCGCUGCCCGCAGAGCGCGCGCGCAGCGGGGGAUGGCCGGGCAGGUGAGCCCCGGGUGCCGCCGCCCUGCCCGCCACCCCGGCCCUCGCCGGCUGCUGGCGCCUCUUCGCCCCGGUUACCGCUAGUGGCUGCUGUCGCUCAGUGGAGCCCAAGGAGACCGCGGCCAGAGCGUCCACCACGCAAGAUGGUGGCUCCCGAGUCUCCGUGAGUUCUCCCACCGGCCAAGCAGGAAUAAACUUUCCCAGCUAAGUUAGAUGGAUGGUCCCCAUUAGCCCGGCGUGCUGCUCCCCUCCGGCCUCCCCACCAACUUCUUUUGUAAGGGAGGUGCCACUGGGUGUAGGGCGAGGCUGGGGGGCCAGAGCACUUGGGUGGGGGUUGGGGGUGCCCUGCCCCUCGAGCAGGAAUGGUGCCCCCAGGGAAGAAACCCGCCGGAGAGGCCUCCAACUCCAACAAGAAGUGCAAGCGUUACUUCAACGAGCACUGGAAAGAGGAGUUUCCCUGGCUGGACUUUGACUACGAGCGCAAGCUAAUGUUCUGCCUCGAGUGCCGCCAGGCCCUGGUGCGGAACAAGCACGGCAAAGCCGAGAACGCCUUCACCGUGGGCACCGACAACUUCCAGCGCCACGCUCUGCUGCGCCACGUGACCUCGGGAGCCCACCGCCAGGCUCUGGCUGUCAACCGGGGCCAGCCCACUUUUGAGGGCCAAGCUGAGGGAGGAGGGGCCUACCCAGACCUGGAGAUGCCUCCCACCUCCAGGGGCAUCAAGGUGGAGGUGGACCCAGCCAAAGUGGCCGUGCUGACCACGGUGUACUGCAUGGCCAAGGAGGACGUGCCCGAUGACCGCUGCGCCGCCCUGCUCGAGCUGCAGAGGUUCAACCUGUGCCAGGCCCUGCUGGGCACGGAGCACGGCGACCGCUACAGCCCCAGGAGGGUGAGGGACAUGCAGGUGGCCAUUGCCAGUGUCUUGCACACAGAGGCCUGCCAGCGCCUGAAGGCAUCCCCGUACGUGGGGCUGGUGUUGGACGAGACCAGGGACUGGCCUGAGUCCCACAGUCUGGCCUUGUUUGCCACUUCGGUGUCCCCCUGUGAUGGCCAACCGGCUACCACCUUCCUGGGCAGUGUGGAGCUACAGGAGGGCGAGGCCACUGCUGGCCAACUCCUGGACAUCCUGCAGGCCUUCGGCGUGUCUGCACCCAAGCUGGCCUGGCUCAGCUCGAGCCUCCCCAGUGACCGCCUUGGGCAUGUGGGCCCACAACUCCGGGCUGCCUGCCCACUGCUCACCGAGCUACACUGCCUCCCGGGCCGGACAGAUCCCGAGCCCCCUGCCUACCUAAGUGAAUAUGAAAGUGUGCUGGAUGCCCUGUUCCGCCUCCAUGGUGGCCCCAGUUCCCACACGGUCCCCGAGCUCCGGGCGGCCCUGGACCUCGCAGCUAUUGACUUGGCAGGACCACGGCCAGUGGCCUGGGCUUCCUUGCUGCCUAUCGUGGAAGCAGUGGCUGAGGCUUGGCCUUGCCUGGUGCCCACACUGGAGGCCUCUGUCCCCGCUUCCCCUACAGCCAGGGCACUGGCCCUCGCCUUGCGCCAGUUCACCUUCGUGGCCUUCACCUACCUGCUACUGGACACUCUGCCCACUGUGCAGAAGCUCGCCCUUGUGCUGCAGCCCGAGGAGCCGGACUUGGCCUUGCUGCAGCCCCUGGUGAUGGCAGCCGCUGCCUCCCUCCAAGCGCAGCGCAGCGCGGGUGGGGCGCGCCUCCAGGGCUUCCUGCAGGAGUUGGCGUCCUCGGGCCGCGAUCUGGGCGGUGGGCGCUGCACCUACCGCGGCGUGGAGCUGGUCGGCUACUCGGACGUGGCCGUGCGGGGCUUGGAACAGCUGCGGGGCGCCUUCCUGGACUCCAUGCGGAAGGGCCUGUGGGACUCCUAUCCCGGGCCCUCGCUGGACGCUGUGGCCGCCUUCGCGGCGAUCUUCGACCCGCGCGGCUAUCCGCAGGCCCCCGAGGAGCUGGGCGCGCACGGCGAGGGAGCGCUGCGGGUGCUGCUGCGCACCUUCGCUCCCGCAGUGGUGCGCCAGCGGGCGCUGGGCGACUUCGCGCUCUUCAAGCGCGUGGUGUGCAGCCUGGGCCGGCUGGGCCCGCGGGCCCUGUGCGCCAAGCUGGCGUGCUCGGGCUCGGAGCUGCACGAGCUCUUCCCGGACUUCGCCGCCCUUGCCGCCCUGGCCUUGGCGCUGCCCGCGGGCGCCGGCCUCCUGGACAAGGUGGGCCGCAGCCGGGAGCUGCGGUGGUGGGGACAGAGCGGGACCGGGGAGGGCCGUGGCGGCCCGGCGGUGAAGAUCGCCGUGGAUGGGCCUCCGCUGCACGAGUUUGACUUUGCGCUGGCUGUGGAGUUCUUGGAGAGCGGGUGGGCGGAGGGGCUCCUGGGGUCGCAGCUCACGUGUGGGCGGCUGCCUUCCCUCCGCCCAGCCAGCCCCUCUAGGGCCGGAGGCGGAUUUGACCGUGCUGCCCCCAAGCUGACCGCCUACCUGUGGCCUCCCACCCACCUGCCUUGUGCUUCCUCCGCUCCACGCUGAGGACUAACCCCGCCCCGUGGGCUGUGAAGGAAGGGCUGCGGCAAGGGGCGCCUGGGCGAGCCGUCAGAGAUGCUAGGUUUGGGGGCACCCUCAAUAGCGUUCCUGCCCUUGCCGGAGUUUGGUGAGGAGUAGCUCACCUUUCCCCCUCUGGACCCAGCCCAGAUUUGGGCCCUAGAAAAGUUGAGGCGUCUUGGUUGGAGGGAGAGAGGAAGACUGGGUCUCAGGGAUUGAGGGAAAGGAGAGGGGGGUCUUGGCUGUUAACUCCCCUCCUGGCAGCAUCUCUUCUCUUCAGAUAGAACUGGAGAGCAGAUGACUUCCUUGUUUUUGACACAUAGCACAGCACCCUCUCUGCACAAGCUACCAGUUCAAGGGAGGUAGUGGUGCCCUACCUCCCCUACCCACUGAUAGGCUGCCCGAGGCUCUUCUGUAUAUGGCUGUGUGUAUAGACAUACACAUCUAUAAAUGUAAAAUAAACCUAUCUUGUGUAUUGUUAACACACAAAAUCUAAAGGGACUUACGGUUUUGCAAUGACAGGGUCCAGAAAAGUCCUGAGGACUGGAUUUAUUUCUAGUUCUUUUCUUCCUCAGAGUCUGGUUGCUCCCCAAAGUUCCUCCCCUGCCCUUGCCUCAGACCUUUAAGACCAAAGACUGUAAAACCACAGGGCUGGACUGGCCAACUCUGAGGACCAGUCUCAGGCCUGACCCAGGUGUUGGAGGGAUUUUUUGCCUUCUGGGAGGAGUUGGCCUCACCAGAGGGGGGAACACAUCCUUUCAGAUUCCAGUGGGUUUCCUGUCCUCUCUGUCAGCCUCUGCUGUGAAUGAUGUGGGGGUCAGUAGGGGGGCAGUUAGUGAGAAGGGAGGGGGCUGGCCUUUCCCCAGGACUCCUGGGUUUGGGUUUAACUUGCAAUAAAUGGAAACCCGGUACAUCACACAGUCUCCAUGGUGGUGUGUGUGUGUGUCAGGACUCCUCUGUCCCCUCCCUUGGCCUGAUUCCCUGUUGGGGUUCAUGGGGGCCCUCUGGCUGCCUCUGGAGGGGAUGGGAGGGGCAUCCUUCAGGGCUGGGAACUGAGAACUGUGGUCUCCCUGCUUCUGCUCCCCCGGUGGUGGAGAGCAGAGGCACAGAAAUGGGCUGUGAGUGCCCGGGGCUUAGCCAGUGCUGCUUUGUGGAGAGGGAGAUGGGAGUUCCUGCCCUGGUUCCGCACCCAAGAAGCCCAUCAGCCUCUUUUUCUGGCCGUGGAGGUCGCUGCGAGCCCUGUGACUCCCCAUUUCAG